AUGGCGAACAACUCGUACAGCGGCGUGAAGAACUCCAUGGUGGAGGCCAACCACGAUGGAGAGUUUGGCUGUUCGCUCAAAGACCUACGCGCCCUCAUGGAACUGAGAGGCGCAGAGGCCAUAGGCAAAAUUGGGGAAUCUUAUGAGGAUGUUCAAGGACUCUGCAACCGGUUAAAAACAUCACCUAUAGAUGGUCUAAGUGGACAGCCUGGAGACAUCGAGAAGCGGAAAACAGUGUUUGGGGAAAAUUUGAUACCGCCCAAAAAGCCCAAAACUUUCUUACAGUUAGUGUGGGAGGCGCUACAGGAUGUCACACUGAUUAUUCUAGAAGUGGCAGCCAUAGUUUCACUAGGCCUUUCUUUUUAUAGACCUCCAGAUGCCGAUAGAGAAAACUGUGGAAGGGCAGCUGGCGGUGUUGAGGAUGAAACUGAGUCAGAAGCGGGCUGGAUCGAGGGCGCAGCCAUUCUUCUGUCUGUUAUCUGUGUGGUGCUGGUGACAGCCUUCAAUGACUGGAGUAAAGAGAAGCAGUUUAGGGGCCUCCAGAGCCGCAUCGAGCAGGAACAGAAAUUUACUGUCGUCCGUGGAGGACAAGUCAUCCAAAUUCCUGUGGCUGAGAUCGUGGUCGGCGACGUUGCACAAAUAAAAUAUGGUGAUCUUUUGCCUUCUGACGGGGUUCUCAUCCAAGGCAAUGAUCUGAAGAUCGAUGAGAGCUCCCUCACAGGGGAGUCGGACCUUGUCAAGAAAACACUAGAAAAAGAUCCCAUGCUCUUAUCAGGCACCCAUGUAAUGGAAGGCUCAGGGAAAAUGUUGGUUACGGCUAUAGGGGUCAACUCUCAAACUGGAAUUAUCUUCACUUUACUUGGGAGCGCCGAGGAUGAUGAGGAAGAAGAAGAAGAAAAGAAAAAGGAAAAAGAGGAGAAGAAGAAACAGAGAAAAAACAAGAAGCAGGAGGGAGCGGCGGAGAAUCGUAAGAAAGCUAAAGCACAGGAUGGUGCUGCGAUGGAAAUGCAGCCCCUGAACAGUGAGGAAGCUGAUGCAGAGGAGAGGAAGAAAUCCAACACGUCGAAGAAAGAGAAGUCUGUUCUCCAGGGAAAACUGACCAAGCUAGCCGUACAGAUUGGAAAAGCAGGACUGGUUAUGUCUGCCAUCACUGUCAUCAUCCUGGUGGUGCUGUUUGUAGUAGACACCUUCUGGAUCCAGAAUCUUCCUUGGGUCAAGGACUGCACACCCAUUUACAUUCAGUUCUUCGUGAAAUUCUUCAUCAUUGGCGUCACUGUCCUGGUGGUUGCUGUUCCUGAAGGCCUGCCUCUGGCUGUAACAAUUUCCCUGGCAUACUCUGUUAAGAAAAUGAUGAAAGACAACAACCUGGUACGGCAUUUGGAUGCCUGUGAGACUAUGGGCAAUGCUACCGCCAUCUGCUCUGACAAAACAGGAACACUCACCAUGAACCGCAUGACUGUGGUGCAAGCCUUCAUCGGGGAGAAGCACUACAAGAAGGUCCCUGAGCCAGAGAACAUCCCCUCCUCCAUUCUAGACAUUCUAAUUCUGGGCAUCGCUGUCAACUGCGCAUACACUACUAAGAUCAUGCCUCCAGAGAAAGAAGGCGGCCUGCCACGGCAAGUUGGUAACAAGACUGAAUGUUCCUUGCUUGGUUUUUCCAAUGACUUGAAGCGCGACUACCAGACCAUACGCAACGAGAUCCCUGAGGAGAAACUCUACAAAGUCUACACCUUUAACUCGGUCCGCAAGUCCAUGAGCACCGUGUUGAAAAUGGCUGAUGGCAGCUUCCGUAUGUUCAGCAAAGGGGCCUCAGAAAUUCUCCUAAAAAAGUGCUAUAAAGUCAUGACGGCAAAUGGUGAGUCCAAGGUGUUCCGCCCACGGGACAGAGACGACAUGGUGAAGAAAGUGAUCGAGCCCAUGGCCUCAGAGGGCCUGAGGACCAUAUGCCUGGCAUACAGAGACUUCCCUGUCUCUGAGGGGGAGCCUGACUGGGACAAUGAGAAUGAUAUUCUCAGUGGACUAACCUGCCUCAGCGUGGUGGGCAUUGAAGACCCCGUGAGACCCGAGGUCCCAGAUGCCAUCAAGAAAUGCCAGCGCGCCGGUAUCACAGUGCGGAUGGUGACUGGGGACAACAUCAACACAGCUCGAGCCAUCGCCACCAAGUGUGGCAUCCUACUGCCCGGAGACGACUUCAUCUGCAUAGAGGGAAAAGAGUUCAACCGAAGGAUACGCAAUGAGAAAGGAGAGAUCGAACAAGAGCGCAUUGACAAGAUCUGGCCCAAACUACGAGUACUGGCACGCUCUUCCCCCACAGACAAACACACCCUAGUGAAAGGUAUUAUUGACAGCACAGUGUUAGAAAAAAGACAAGUAGUAGCCGUGACAGGAGAUGGUACCAAUGAUGGUCCCGCCUUGAAGAAAGCUGAUGUCGGCUUUGCCAUGGGUAUUGCCGGUACAGAUGUAGCUAAGGAGGCCUCUGACAUCAUCCUGACUGACGACAAUUUCUCCAGCAUCGUCAAGGCCGUCAUGUGGGGGCGGAACGUCUACGACAGCAUCUCCAAGUUCCUCCAGUUUCAGCUAACUGUCAACGUGGUGGCUGUCAUCGUAGCAUUCACAGGAGCCUGCAUCACACAGGACUCUCCACUGAAAGCAGUCCAGAUGUUAUGGGUCAACCUCAUCAUGGACACUUUUGCUUCACUUGCCCUGGCCACGGAGCCCCCUACAGAAGCCCUGCUGCUUAGGAAGCCAUAUGGCCGCAACAAGCCUCUCAUCUCCCGCACCAUGAUGAAGAACAUCCUGGGUCAGGGAGUGUUCCAGCUAAUCACCAUCUUCACUCUGCUCUUUGCCGGAGAGAAAAUCUUUGAUAUCGACAGCGGCAGGAAUGCACCGCUCCACGCUGGACCCUCUGAACACUACACCAUUGUCUUCAAUACCUUUGUACUGAUGCAGCUUUUCAACGAGAUCAAUGCCCGCAAAAUCCAUGGUGAAAGGAAUGUCUUUGAAGGCAUCUUCAACAACCUCAUCUUCUGUAGUAUUGUCUUUGGUACCUUCAUUAUCCAGAUCGUCAUAGUGCAGUUUGGUGGGAAGCCGUUCAGCUGCGUGGCUCUGAGCCUCGACCACUGGCUAUGGUGCACUUUCUUAGGCUUUGGCUCUCUGCUAUGGGGACAGGUCAUCUCCUCGAUACCUACCAGCCGCUUAAAAUUCUUGAAAUCAGCGGGCCAUGGCACCCAGAAGGAUGAGAUCCCGGACGAGGAGCUGGACGAGCUGGACGACAACGAUGAGAUCGACCACGCAGAGCGGGAGCUCCGUCGAGGCCAGAUCCUCUGGUUCAGAGGCCUCAACCGCAUCCAGACUCAGAUGGAUGUAGUGAGUGCGUUCCAGAGUGGAACUUCCUUUCAGGGGGCUCUAAGGCGGCAGGCCUCCAACUCCAGCCAACAACAGCACGAUAUCCGGGUGGUGAAUGCAUUCCGCAGCUCCAUCUCCCUCUAUGACGGGCAGGAUAAGCCCGACUCGCGGUCAUCCAUCCACAACUUCAUGAACCACCCCGAGUUCCGGAUAGAGGACUCUGAGCCCCAUAUUCCCCUCAUAGAUGACACCGACGCCGAGGACGACGCUCCUACCAAGCGCAACUCCUCCAGCCCCCGCAACACCACGCCCACGCCGCCCUCACCCACACCCUCCCACACCACCAUCGCACCCACCGUCAUCCCCACCACGCCGGUCUCUCCCUCCCCAAACCAGAACAAUAACGCUGUGGAGAGCGGUAACCACCUCCUCCCAGAGGGCCCCAAAUCAGGAACCCCCUCGGCCCCGGGGAGCCCCCUACACAGCCUGGAGACCUCCCUUUGAUCUGACCCCCGCCACGUGUCUCCACCACCCGUCUACCCGCCACGAGGAGCUCCACGCAGACAACAGGAACGACGAACACUUGGAGAGAGAGGCGAAGGGCUAGAAGGAGAGCGUGUGUGAGCUGGCUGGACUCAGAACAGCAAACAUUCAGAGGGAUGUACGGCUUGGUGCGGAUGCUUUGGUCUUCUUCUUUUUGUUGUUCUUAUUAUUACCCCGCUGCAACACAAGGACUCUAUCUCCACCCCCACCCACCCCCCCCCCCCUGGUCACUUUUUUUUGUUCUCGGUAAACAAGGGGUGAUUAUAAACUCAGAUUGAAAGUGACCUGUUUUUAUUAUUCUAUUAUUAUUAUUGAAUGGAGGGGGGGGUGCUCCUCCUGAAGUCUGUAAGAAUUCUGAAAGAACCUUUACGCUUCUCUUUUAUCUGAAUGGUGUUGUAUAUUUAUCUCUUUGGCCCUUGCUCAUUCAAAACUUAUUUCUGCUCCAUUGGCUGUUAAUAUUUUGAGUUAUUUAUGUUUUUGGAAAAAGCAGGUCUGUUUACAAAGUUUGUAGAUACUUUUUUUCUGUUUGUAGGCAAAAGAGCUUCCUGAUGUAUGAUGCAGAAAACUGAGACAGAAUAUAAAAUGAAUGAGAGGAUUAUUUCAGAUACUGCUGUAUUUUCAGGAAAAAAAGGGUGUUUCUAUUGAAACUUAACUAUUUUUGCCUGCAAGUUUUAUUUGUUAUAUAUUUGUAGAUACAUGUAGAACCUUCUAGCCAAACCGAUAAACACUAAGGCUUGUAUAGAAAAGAGGUCCACGGUUGGAGGAGUUUUCACAGGAGACGCGACGGGAAAGACAAUUCGGGCCUCUGUCCACUAACAUUGCUAUAAAUAUUCUUCCAUUUCUUCGAUAGUUUUCAUGUGCACAAAACCUUCUGGAGUUCUGGAUUCUCUUUUCAUUCAUUCUUUUGUGUUCAAGGAUUUCCACAUGUUAAAGGUUCACUCAUUAAAGGGAGUUGAGAGGAUAUCUGGGCCCAUCUUUAGCAAGCAUCUCAGACUGACACCAAUAUCAUGCUGAAACAAAGUCUUACCUCGCAGUCGGAAAUGAAGUUAUUAACCUCCUGCAGUCGCUUCAGCAGGAAGUAGAAGUUCUUUAGAUUUGUUUUGUUUUACACACUGCACCGUAAAGUAAAAUGUCUUCUUGUAGUAGUUAGAUUUAAAAGAUUUGAUGCAGGGAAAUCUCAUGGGUGUGUGACCAAUUUAUGCAUGCAAGGCUAACAUUGAUUUUAUCCACAGCUCAUAAAACACUACUAAAAUCACCUUUUUGUUCAAAGUAUUGCUGUAUUCAGCAAGUGCUCCUAUUUAUUCUUCACUUACACUAAACUUGAAUGUGCCUUGGCUACAAAAACAAUUGAGACGAUGCAUUUCCCGCCUGCAGGUAACUCCUCAGAUAAACACUGUUACUCCUACAGCUAAGCGUAGGACCAAUCCGCUUCAUUCUGAUGCUUCUGGGCCAGUUGUGAUGAAUCAUUCGCUCUCUCUGGAUGCUUGGUAAAUAUGGUCCCUGGUUAUCUUUGGUUUUUGUUUGUUUUAAACCAGUGCAUUUCAUUUUUACUUUUUGUCUAUCUCAGCAAACAUACCCCCCUGCCAAUGUACAAUAUUAACAUUUGUUGACUCAGGCAUAGAGGAAAUAUUUAAUUUAAAAGGAAUCUAUAACAAAAGAACCUUUUUAACUUGAGACUUUGUGUAUUUAGAUAGCAAAAAAAUGUCUUGGUUAAAAAAAAAAAGCAAGUGAAUUAUUUUCAUAUUUCAUCAAUCUUUUGAGUCAUGCCUUAGGAAAAACUUAAUUUAACUCCUCCGAGUUCUGGUUUGUUGACAUUUAAAAACGGGGGGGGAAGGCUUCUUUUUUAUUUUAUUUGAACCCUGUCCAUAAGACUCCUUUCAACAUGGAUUAAUGUUGCUGCAUUUGGUUUGUUUGUAAAAUAUUUUUGACACCUGAUGUACUGGAAACGCUAAAGAAUUGGACAUGUGCAUUUUUCAAGAAUAAAGACUAGGCAUACACUGGUAUCUAUCUGCACAGGGUACUUUAUUUCAUAGCGUUCCUUGGGGGAAACCAUUUUGAUACAAAUCAUAAUAAAAACGUAUACCUUUGUAUUUUUAUGACAAUACCGAUGAUACCUUUCAUCGUACUAAAACCAAUUUUGGAUGAUUUGACACCAAUCACGUUAUAUGGGGAGGGUUUUGGCCACUAAAAUGUGUGUUGUUCUGGAAUAUUCAUCUCAGGGUGCAAUCGGUGUGAAAGAGAACAGGCCUCUUUAGUUUGUAUAUUACCACGCUUAAUUAAAUGUUUGGGACGGUGCUUGUCCCCCACACAGGAGCUGGGCCAGCAGGCUGCAGAUUGUCCUGCUGCCGGCUGGCCGUCUCCACCUGGAGGGCCGUGGACAGGACGUGGAGAUGUUAAAUCACAACGUUCUCUGAGGAAACACUUAGAUUGAUAUCUUUUACAGAUGAUAAAAUAGCAGCUGGGAUUGCAUACAAAGUGAUAAAUUGAAAAGGCAAGCGGAAUCCACAUGAGGAGUUUGUUCUGUAGCUUCUUCCUGUAGUGGGAAUGAAUGUUUUUCCAUCUGUUUUAUGGAUUAUUUUUUUAUCUUUUAACAUUUGGAAAUAAAAGUACUUCAUGUCUGUUUAUCUUGAGCAUUUUAAAUGGAUAUCGUGAUUGGAUUUACAUUUGAAACUUGUCGAGUAAUGUGUAUGGUUUUUAAAAAUAAAAAAUGUAUUUAGCCUAA